CAAGAAAGGAAGGUAGGAAAAAAAGAGAGCUAUUUCGUCUCGGCCACUCCUUGUCGGUCAUUCGUGUCCCUCCAGGUUCCUGAGCUGGACUUAACUCUGCUGCAGACCCUGCAGGAUUUCCCAGAGAUCGUGGCUCACGGCACACUUCUGCGCCACUGGCCCGCCAUUCGUCAGCACGGCCUGUCCCGGAUGGGGAGAACCCACAUCCAUUUAGCCCCCGGGUUGCCAGGGGAGGGGGCCGUCCUAAGUGGAAUGAGAAACAGUUCUGAAGUGGCCAUAAUCAUUGAUAUCCCCAAGGCACUGGCAGAUGGAAUCUCUUUCUUCCGCUCGGCGAAUGGAGUCAUCCUGACCGCAGGCAAUGCAGAUGGGCUGCUGCUUCCCUGCUACUUCUGCAGAGCACUGCAGCUUCAGCCUCGGCGUAAGUCUGAAGCCACUUCCGGGUCUUAG